CGGAGGUGAGGGUAGGCGGGGUCACAGGGGGCUGGCCCCGCGCGCUCUGACCCCGCCCCUCGCGCCGGGUCGCGGGAGGAGAGAACGCUCCAGGGCGAUUCCCCGUCGGAGGAGCUCAGCCUGCGGGGUCACCGCAGCAGCUUUGGGCGGGCGGGUCGGCCUCCUCCCCUUCACAAAAGCCUCCAAGUGUGCGCUAUCCUCCGAAGGAAAAAGCAUCUUCGCCUUUCGCAUCCCUGACCCGGGCCUCAGGGUGCCCCGUCCCCAGCAGCCUGGCCCUCCCUCCGCCGGGUCCCGGGGCGCCCUCCGGGGAGCUGUUCCGACGGUGGGUGUCCGUGAUUGCGGUUUGAUGAGUAAUGCCUGCUGCCUAAAGAUUGAAGGUAUAAGGCAAGACUUCCCAUUUCUACGCAGUCAAGAGGAAUUGGGUUUGAAACAUACUCUCUUGAAGAGACUUUGGGAACAAGAAGUUCCUCUGUCAGACUCACAGGAUGCUAUCCAUUGAUCUUUCUCCUUAUGAUUAUCUUUUUUCAGACUUUUUCUGUCUUCAUGAAGAGAAGUCCGAGGGGGGAAAGAUUAUCACUGGAUGUCUGACACAUUAUUCUCAGUUCUGCUUGCUCAGAUCUCUGCCAGGUGAGGAGGGAAACAGAAAAGAAAGAAUGGGUGCAGGAUUGCUGACAUCAUGGUCACAGGACUUGGAAGUGACAGUGGACUUCUCCCAGGAGGAGUGGGCACUACUGAACUCUGAUCAGAAAAUCCUUUACAGAGAUGUGAUGAUGGAGAACUUUAGGAACCUGGCCUCUGUGGCCGGGUAUCAUCUCUGCAAAUACAGUCUGAUCACUGAGGUGGAGCAGGAAUAACUGAGGCCAGGGAAGAGAAGAAUUCUCCAAGGGGCCUGUUCAGGCUGGGCUACUCAACUUAAAUCAAAACAUGCAAUUCCUAUGUAGAAUGUUCCUGGGGGAAAAACUUCUAAUGGCAUAAAAAUGGCACCAACUCACCCUGGUGAGAAACCUUUGGAAUUUGGUCACUGUGGAAAAUUCUUCAGAAAGAACUGUCACCUUAUUUGUUCAAGAUAUUGCAAGGGAAAUAAAUGCUACAAAUACAAAGAAUACAGGAAAGAUUUUAACCAUUUCUUAACUCUUAGGAAUCAAAUGAGUACUCACUCUGAAGACAACAUUUCUGAACUUAUUGACUGUUGCAGAGUUUUCAAUCUGGAGUCAUCCUAUAGGGAACACUCAAAAUCGUUCACAGGAGAGAAAUCUUCUGAAUGUAAUAAAUGUCUUCUGUCCUUUAGCUUACACUCUUCCUUUUCAGUACAUGUGCAAAAACCUAUUGGAAAGAAACUCUGCAAAUGCAGUGACUAUGGACAAAGACCUUCCCUUAGUGUGCACAAAAACUUGUGUACUGAGGAGGGAAUCUCCAAAUGUGGUAAACAUAGGAAGGUUUUUAGGCCCCUGUCCCUUCAGAAAUGUGUGAGACUUCACACUGCAGAGAAACCUUAUGAAUGUAGUGAUUGUAGGAAAAUAUUCAUUUUUCACUCUUCCCUUAAGAAACAUGUGAGAUCACACACUGGAGAGAAGCCCUAUGAAUGCAAUCAUUGUGGAAAAUUCUUCAGCCAGAGCUCUCAUCUUAAUGUGCACAAAAGAAUUCACACUGGAGAGAAACCCUAUGACUAUAAGGAAUGUGGCAAGGCUUUCACUGUUCCUUCCUCCCUCCAAAAGCAUAUGAGAACCCACACUGGAGAGAAGCCCUAUGAAUGCAGCGACUGUGGGAAAGCCUUUAUUGAUCAGUCAUCCCUUAAGAAACAUCAGUGCUCUCACACUGGAGAGAAACCUUAUGAGUGUGAUCAAUGUGGUCUUAUUGUGCACAAGAGAAUGCACACUGGAGAGAAAACCUAUAAAUGUAAAGAAUGUGGGAAAGCCUUUAGGAAUUCCUCUUGCCUGCGGGUACAUGUGAGAACUCACACAGGAGAAAAGCCCUAUAAAUGUAUUCAUUGUGGAAAAGCUUUCAGCACCAGCACUAACCUUAUAAUGCAUAAGCGAAUACAUACUGGGCAAAACUUUAAGAAUUAAAUGACUACAGGCUAACUUAAGUGGUCCUUCACACCUCAUUCCUCGCUCUAGAACUCACACUGGAAAGAAAUCUCAUUGUGACCAAUGGUGAAAGCCUUUAGGCACAACUCUCAACUUACCUUAUACAGGGAGCAAUCUUGUAAGUGAUACAGUUCUGUGAUUGUCUUAGUGAAUGUUUCAUCCUUUGACAACUCAUUAAUCGAGUAUUAAAUGUAAUGUAGCAUUCUAAAUUUCCCUUGAUUUACAUCACAAAAGUUUUGGGAAUAUUUUCAUUGUAAUUUAGUUACAAUUCUCAUCAAGAUGUCUUGGAUAUAUACAAGAUUCUUAGAUUUAGAAAUGUGUUUUAAUGUGAAAACUCUGCGUAUUUUAAUUAUCUUUUAGUUAUAGAUUUCUAAUUUAAUUACAUUGUGCACUCAAUAUAUGGUCUUCAUGAUAUAGAUUCUAAAUGACACAUAUUCAGAUAGAAAAUUGUUCGAGAUUUGCUUUGUUGCCUAAUGUGUCAGAUAGAACAAGUUGCUGUCCCAUAUUCAUUGCUUUCUUCCUUCCCUAAAGUAACAGGCCUACAAUUGUGUUCAAGUUGGCGGUGUGGACAGUUUGUUAAGGAAUCAUCUAUAUUUCCUUGCAGCUAUGAGUGCCCAUGAGCUCACAGUCCUAGCCAAUGAGAAAGAGUGAGAGCUGCUCCUGGUUUUAAAGAAACCUAUAGAAAUGGGAGCAUCUCAUCUGGCAUUUUCUCGUUACUAUUUUCCAUUUAUCUUAUCUCUCCUUUUUUAGGAAAUAACCCAAAAGGAUGGCAGUCAUAGGCUACUGAUUAUACAGCAAGGACAUAAAAUAGUAUUUAGCUGUACCAACCCUGGGUUGCUUAUUUCUGGACUUCAUGUAACAUGAAAAAAAAAUAAGCUUCAAACUGGACUAAACCACUCUUGUAGGAAGAUUCUAUUACAACGAAUUUCACUCUCAAUCUCUUAUGUGGCCAGGUUUUAUGAAUCCUUCAAGUAUGGUUAAGAACAAUGUAUAUUCUGUAAUUAUCAGGUAUAAUAGAUUUAUCUGAUAGAUAAAUCUUAUUCUGUUUAUUAAAUCUGUAUCAUUACAAACCUUAUCUCCUGGUCAACCAAUGGUUGCUGGUACCAUUGUGCCAACAGGAAUUUCCAGUUUGUGGUAUAGCAAAGAAGUAAAAUUUAUUUAGUACAAAACAACUCCAUUGCAAAACAGCACAGCUGUGGAAUGCCUGACUACUGUUAUACCUCAGUUAUGAAGCAGCAGGACAGCAUGGCUAUGAAGAGGCCUUGGGGCUGGUGGUCCUGCUUUGGCUAGGCAGCACUGUCCUGCUCUUUGCUACCUCACUCAGCCCCUGUGCAGGUAUUCUCUGCUGUAUUCCAGACACUUUCCCAGUUUUAACUCCAGCAAGGGAAACAGUCCUAUCUUCAGGGGAAUGGGGAAGCGUUCCCCCAGAGGCAGAGGAGAGUUGACUUACAUAGAAGUCCCUGUCCCUGGUCCUUUAUUGAUCCGCCCUCAGGCAAAUGAGGACUCCAAAUCCUUGCAGUUUGGUCUAAAAAGCAUUGUCCUAAUUGGUCACAAGGGAGCUGUUCUGAUUGGUCAGUGGAGAUGUUAAUGAAUAUGGCUGCACAGCUCCUAUUGCAUGGGAAAACCUCAGUCCUAUUGGUUGAAAUAGGACUCCAGGAACUCUGUGAGGGCUGGCUUGCAGAAACACAGUGCGGGAAUGCAGUCCAGUGCAGAGGCAGGUAGCUUAAUGUAGGCUUCUUCCUAAAGUGUGGUUUGUGUGAGAGGACUCUAUAUAGAAAUGGCUGCUAGGCUCUGUUUAAAAAAAUAAGCCCAGUCAAGCCACCAGGAGCCCAUCUUAGUAGGUAUCUUCUUUCUUAGGGUCCACACAACUUACCCUCAAGUAGUUACCAAAAAAAUUAAGUCUUUAUCUAGAGAGGGAGCCAACACAUAAAAUACUAAAAUGGAUAAAUCUGCUUUAGUCCUGGGCCAGUUGUGGGAUAGGCACAGAAUCAGCAAGGAAGUGUGGGCUCCUCUUGAUUGGCUGUGGGCAACCGAUUGGAAAGUGCAUGCAUAGAUAAGUGGAGGAUUCUGGGGUUCAAUGGUGCCUGGCUAUUCUCUCUUUUGUUUAAUAGCGGAACUAGCCAUAUGGAGUUAAUCUAAAGUUCCAACAGACAUACAGGAAUGUGGGCAGCCUUUUGUCAGAGCUGGCCCAUAGCUAUUAACAGGUUAACUAUUUUAUCUUUUUCUCUCAUUUCUCUGGCAUUGUAAUUUAAAGCAUCUCAAUUCUUUUCUUGUUGGUUUCAAAGUUAAGAAUUUUUUCCUGUGGGAUGUGUUAUAUGUUACAAGGACCCUGGCCCCUCAGAAUCAGAAGCAAAAGAAAUUGAAGUGAAUGAGAGAGGUCCUUAUUUCUAGAAAGAGAUAUUACAAUGACAAUUUCAUUAGUGACAUUGCUACUGUAAAACCAAGCAUUUUGGAAAUAUCCCUUAGUAUUUUUGGGGUACAUGGUAUCACUGCUGACCUCAAGGAGAACAAAUGUGAUGGUGGCAGAAAGAUGCCAGAUGAGUUGAAGAGAGUGGAAAUGGAAAGUAUAGACCUAUUUUUAAAUCCACCAAGUAAAUUUGAAGAACUAAUUGGCUUUAUUGAGUGAUAAUGGAAUCAGCCAGCAUCCCAUCCAACAACCAGAAGGGUUGUACAAGUGGAGUUUUUUAUUAGGAAAAUGGGGCAAAUGAGUCAUUAGCAAAAAAAGGGGGGGAAAUAUUUUAAGCCAAGCCAUCUUUUUUUAGGAGAAGAGAACUGUAGGAGCUAGGAGCCUUUAUCAUGCAGAUUAAUUUACUGCUACUAAUCUAACUAUCAAGUUCUUAACACAAGUGACUUCAUUUAAGGCCUGUGGUUUUUUCAUUAAUAGCCAAUAUAUCCAAAAAUUUGGAACAAUACCCAAAGAAAAAUGUUUCAUUUUCUUUGAAAGAUAGGUGAAUGUAGAAUAUUCCCAUGACAUUAGACAUGAUAAUAUUGCAUGCAAACUUGGGG